AAGACUUAUGGGUAGUGAUCAUCAUCAUCUUAAUUUGAGGCUUAAUUCAUAUAAUUCUAAAUCGAUAUUCCAGUACAGGCCGACGACAAGGAAGCAGCAGUUGAAGCACUCAUCAUCAUCAUCAUCAUCAUCGAUUGUUAAUGUUAAUAUAAAUGCUGGGUUAUUUGGGCAUUCUGUAUUCGAAGCUUCAAAGCUUAAGGUUUUGUUAUUAGGAGUGGAUGAAGACAAACAUCCUGGGAAUAUUCCAAGAACUUAUACAUUUACACAUUCUGAUCUUACCUCUAAUCUCACAUUGUCCAUCUCCCAAACCCCUAACAAUUCCCAGGUGCAAGGGUGGUACAACAAGUUGCAGAGAGAUGAAGUGAUUGCAGAGUGGAAGAAGGUGAAGGGAAAGAUGUCUCUUCAUGUCCAUUGCCAUGUAAGUGGAGGUGUCGACGGCCAUUUCCUUCUUAAUCUAUGUGCUCCGCUUAGAUACUUCAUUUUCCGCAAAGAACUGCCUCUGGUUCUCAAGGCGUUUGCACAUGGAGAUGGGAAUUUGCUCAACAAAUACCCUGAAUUGAAAGAAGCCAUGGUUUGGGUGUAUUUCCACUCCGACAUUCCAGAUUUCAACAAGGUUCAGUGCUGGGGUCGUCUUCAUCAGGAUGAUGACCCUGACCUCCGCAGACGUGGUCAAGUACCCUACCCAUGCCAGGAAGCUUGUGCGUGCUGCUUUCCACCCAUCCAUGGCUGAAGGGCAGAUC